CAGAGCAGCCACCUCACACAGAUAAAAGUGACAUGCUAAGGGGAUUUCGGAGUAAAAACCUGAAGACCAGACAGAUAUCCAGACAUGAUUUUAAAUAGAGACAACACUGAAGAUGGAAAAUCUUCGCAACAUAACAUAGGAAGCAAAGGAUCUAUAGGCAGAGUCAGAGUUGGGUCCAGAAGUCUUCCACUGUAUCCAUUGGUUAUCAUGUGUUUAGGACUGCUAAACACUAUUCUGAUGUUAACUGCUAUUGUUAUUGGGAUUAACUGUGAGUACAACGCUCCACACCAAAUACCUGCCCAAGCGCUCAUCAUAGAGGUGAAGCAACUUCACAUAAUGCAGACUGAAGCAAUUAAAUCUCAAAAAGAGGCCCAACAAGCAUUAGAGAAAGAGCUCAGGAGCCAUCAGCAACUUAAACUGCAGUUAGAGCAGAACAAGACCCUCAACGACGGCAUUCAGAGGCAGGUUGAGACCCUACAAUUUGAGAAAGCAACGCUGCAGUCCGAUACAUUGGAUAUUCGGGAAAGUUGUGGACGAUGCCGGUCAGGAUGGGUGUUAUUAAACACAUCGUGCUACUUCCAUUCUUUAUCAGCAUCCGAUUCCUUGAAGAACUGGCAAGACAGCAGGGCGGAUUGUAUCAGGCGUGGGGCCGAUCUGGUUGUGAUUGAUAACCUGGAGGAGCAGGUAAAUCUUUUUGAGUACCUACCUAAAUCCAAUCACAUUGGACCGUGGUGGAGCAAGCCAGGGAGCAUUUGGAUUGGCCUUACGGAUAUUCAAACAGAGCGCACAUGGGUGUGGGUAAAUAAUGUGACUCAGCAGGAUGGAGGGUACUGGAUAAAAGGGGAGCCCAACAACUUCGGGCCUUCGGGUGAGGACUGUGCAGCACUUAUGAACAUUAACCCAAGGGCAACAUGGUUUGAUGGUAACUGCCAGGUAAACAGAGAAUGGUUAUGUGAAAUGGAACCCAACUAGCUGUGGAGAGCAUGGUGGUCCGUAUCCAGGCUGAGCUUUUAGGCUCCUCAAAGAAGUCGACUCCAUAUGGUCAAACAAGCUGCCAUCAUAUGAGAAGAGAAGACCCAGUUAUUUUCCAUAUCCGGAUAUAUUGUAUGCAAGUUUAUUUGGUCUUUAGUAAAUACAUGGAAUAUAUUAACAACAGUGGUACUUAAAUGCAGUUGUGCUUAAGUUGCUAAUCGUCUUCUGGUUGUAGCUUCAUAUUUAAAAAAACAGAUAUGGGAAUGGUUUCGAUUGACUCAUCUAACUCUCUGCAAGAAAGAAAAUUAAUGUAUUCUCAAAUGUAUUCCUAAGAGUACUGGACAGCCGUCUUUAAAAAAUGCUCCACAGAUCCUCAACACUCUGGUAUUCCUGGAUAGUUUUAAUAAUGAGACCUCAUUAAUGGCAAUAUUAAUCUUACAGUUGUACAUGUUUUAGUAAUGAUGCUUUUGGCCAAAGCAUUGAUGUUUUUCAUUAUUUCUUGAUUCAUACAACAGAUGUUUUUAUUCUUAAUUAAUGAUUAUUUUCUAAAUUUGUAUUUGUCCAAUACCUGCAAAACUAAUGACAUUCAGCCUUACUCAGUUAUACUUUGCAUUUGGUUUUGCAUUCGUUAUUCCUGCUAAACAUAAGCAUGUCAGUACGUGUCUACAAACAGCCUCACAGAGCACAUUGGUCUUAUUCGGAUGUAAAGUUGACAUAUAAGACGUGUAAUAAAAGAGCUCUAGUUCCUCAAUAAAUAAAGGUUUAGUUCCUAAAUUA